AAGUCUGUGUUUGUCUUGAGAUUAAAAAUACUUGCCGUGUUUUGCUCACAAGAGUUGUGUUAUUCAUCCAGUUAUAAUUAAAUCAAAAUGUUUUAUGUGAUUAGUGUAUUUAUUACUUUGAUAACUGUUACCUUCGCGUAUUACAAAUGGAUUUAUCAGUAUUGGGAACGCAAAAAGUUGCCGUAUUUGAAGCCCACCAUUCCUUAUGGCAACAUCACAAGUCCUUUUAAUCGUAAGGAAAAUAUUGCUGUGACUUUUCAAAAUAUCUACGAAGAAAUGAAGACACGAGGGUGGAGACAUGGAGGAAUUUACACAGUCACUUCUCCUGCUUAUUUCCUAGUCAAUUUGGAUUAUGUGAAAAAUAUAAUGACGAAAGAUUUUCAACAUUUUGUAGACCGUGGGUUCUACCAUAAUGAAAAAGAUGAUCCCGUUAGUGCCCAUCUUUUUGCCAUAGGAGGGUCAAAGUGGCGCUUUUUGCGCACUAAACUAACCCCAACUUUUACCUCCGGUAAAAUGAAAAUGAUGUUCCAAACUUUGGCCGAUUGUGAAAUAAAUCUCCAAGAAAAAAUGCAAGAUGAGUUCGAGAAAAACCAACCGAUUGAUAUUAAAGAAAUUUUGGCGUGUUUCACUACUGACAUUAUCGGUUCUUGUGCUUUUGGAUUAGAUUGCAACUCUUUCAAAGAAGAUAAUUCGCCGUUUAGACAAUACGGACGAAAAGUUUUCGCUGCAACUAAAUUCCGGGUUGUACGAAGCACUUUUGCUGCAAAUUUCCCUGAUCUGGCCCGAUUUCUUAAAGUUCGGGCUUUUCCCAAAGAUAUCGGUGAUUUCUUCCUAAAAGUGGUCAAAGACACAGUUAACUAUCGUGAGAAAAACAAUUUUACGCGAAAGGAUUUUAUGCAACUGUUGAUUGAUUUGAAGAAUAAUAAGCUUGUUGGAGAAGAGGGUAAAAGUGAGCGUGGUUUGACGAUUGAAGAAGUCGCAGCUCAAAGUUUUGUCUUCUUUUUGGCCGGUUUUGAAACGUCUUCAACCACAAUGACUUUUGCUUUGUACGAAAUGGCCAAACAUCAAGACAUUCAAGCUAAAGUAAGGGAAGAAAUUGAUACAGUUUUGAAGAAACACGACGGGAAAAUCACAUAUGAAGCCAUACAGGAAAUGAAGUACAUGGGCCAAGUAAUUGAUGAGACUUUACGAAAAUAUCCUCCAGUGCCAUUUUUGACUCGUCAGUGCGUCAAAGAUUAUAAAAUCCCUAACGAAGACGUCACAAUUGAAAAGGGCACAACUGUAAUAAUUCCAGUCCUUGGAAUUCACUACGAUAAGGAUAUUUAUCCUGACCCUGAAAAAUUCGAUCCUGAGAGAUUUACUGAAGAAAAUAAAAAUGCAAGACACAAUUACUCUCACAUUCCGUUCGGUGAAGGACCGAGAAUUUGUAUCGGAAUGCGGUUUGGAUUAAUGCAGUCCAAAGUUGGGUUAACUUCACUCUUAAAAAAAUAUAAAUUUACUGUUAAUAAAAAAACACAGGAACCGAUCAAAUUUCAAGUGAAUCCAUUUAUUUUGGCUGCUGAAGGUGAGAUUUGGUUGAGUGCUGAAAAAAUUUAAUUUGUUUGCUAUCUUCUAAUACUGGGAUUUAAUUUUGUGUCCCAUUUGUUUAUUGUUGGAAUAAAUUUUAGAUGUAGAGGUGUAAUUAAAUUAUGCAUGUCAUUAUUCACAUCUGCUGUAGAAAAAAUGUACUUAUUUUUUAUUUAGGUACUACAGAAGAUGUUAAUGUAUUAAAGUGGCCUUCAAAUUGUCUAAUAAAGAAAUAAUUAAAUAAAUUGUAUAAAUAGUUAA